GGCACUAGCACAACGCCAAUCUGCUCUCACAGCGGCGCGUCGAAAAACGCCUCGUGCGGCAGCCCGCAGGUGCCACAAGCGCGCCCUCCGGCAGCCUCCGUGCCCCUACGCUGCGGCGCAGGCAGCCCCGCCGCGACAGCGCGCCACAACGGCCUAGCGCCCCCAGCGAAGCGCAGCGCAGCUCACACCGACGCAGCAGCGAAGCCCCAUGGCUUCGAGCUGGCAGCGCCCGCCCGACACGGGUUGUGAUGCGGACGGCAUCCCCCACGGCUUCCGGAAGGUCAUGGGCGACAUGGCCGCCGAGAUGGGUGAUGAUGAGCUCAUGCGGGCGUCGCAGGGGAGCAUCCACGACCCGCGCCACACCUCAAAGACCUUCUCGGACAUCCACCAGAAGUUCUUCGGCGCGGCCAAGAAGGCGGGCCAUAUGGCGCUCGCUGCACAGGGGUUCCGAGAAGCGGGGGAGCGGCGCGUCAUGCGUGGGGUGGAUGCUCAUGGGAAUAGUAUGGACUACUCCGGUGGAAAGUACGCGCGGGGCGCAAAAUUGAUGCUCUCGGCCCGGGCGGGCGGCCCGCCGCAGUGGGACCCGCGGCCCCAGCACAUCCGGCAGGAGUACCGCGAGACGCGCGAAUUGCGGAAGGAGGGCUUCGAGACGCGCCAGGAGCGCGACGCGGCGGUCCGGUCCCAGUGGGGCCUCGAAGGUGAUAGAAGGAACCAGUUCCAGCGGGUCAUGGUCCACAAGCAGGACCGCUACGGGAAUUCCUACGGCCAGCCCAAGGAACACGGCCCGGGCAUUCGGGACCGCUACGGGAAUGAUGCCGACUACGCGGGCGGCCGGUACGCGCGCGGGGCCCAGGCCAUGGGCAUGGGCGGCGACGGCCUUCCCGCGCCGCUCACGCCGCGCGGCGGCCAGGGGCGCGUGCCGCAGGACCAGGGCAUGCUCUCCGUCGCGAACGCGCAGGCCGUCGAGAUCCCGCGGCCGGCGGACUGGGACGCGCGCAGACGCCGAGACUACGCGGCGGGCCGGCACCCGCUGCCCCAGGGCGACGGGCCGCACUGGCACCCGUUCCACCAGUCGCAGAGCGAGGUCGACCGCAAGUUCCUCCAGCACGUCUGGCGCAAGAGCCGGAACCAGUAGCUGUAGAAGGCGUAAAGUCCAAAG